AUGAGCUAUUCUUGUACCAGCAGGGGCAACAGCCAGGACCCAUCAAGCGCUAAGAAGCCUGCCGGUGAUAAUCCGGGCAGAGACACCGGAGGCACGGACGGCAGCGCAGACAGCAGCAGUAACGGCAGCCCGAGGCAAGCGGCGGGGAUGAAAGUGAAGAAAGGAUGCAACUCGACCGACGUGGGGGUCCCGGCGACCACGGAAGAGGACCUGCUCGCCAACGCCGUGAUCACUCCGGAGGAUGUUCUGGGCUUGCAGAAGAUCACAGAGAAUUACCUGUGCAGCCCGGACGAGAACAUUUACAACAUCGACUUCACCAGGUUCAAGAUCAGAGACAUGGAGACCGGCACGGUGCUGUUUGAAAUCACCAAACCUCCAUCCACAGAUAAAGCCGGGGAGAAGAGGGACAUUGACCCGAACGCCGGCCGGUUUGUCCGUUACCAGUUCACCCCGGCUUUCCUCCGGCUGCGGCAAGUUGGAGCCACCGUUGAGUUCACGGUCGGAAACAUGCCCAUAGAAAACUUCAGGAUGAUCGAGAGACAUUAUUUUCGAGAGAAGUUGCUCAAGAGUUUUGACUUUGAGUUCGGCUUCUGCAUGCCCAGCAGCAAGAACACCUGCGAACACAUCUACGAAUUCCCGCCCCUGUCUGAGGACAUCAUCAGAGAGAUGAUCCUGCACCCGUAUGAGACGCAGUCCGACAGCUUCUACUUUGUGGACAAUAAGCUGGUGAUGCACAACAAGGCAGACUACUCAUACAACGGCGGGACGUAGAGAUGACACACCACCAAGAGAGACGGGUGGAUUUACGGACUGGCCUGAGGGACGAUCAGAAUACGCUGGUGGGGUUAACAUCCUGUCAAUCCAGUACUCUCUCUCUCUCUCUCUCUCUCUCUCUCUAUUUCUUUCUCCCAAUGAGAGAUGCCAUCCAGAAAACGCCCAUACAGAUGUAUCAGUUAUAAUCUGUGUGUGUGUGUGUGUGUGUGUGUGUGGGUAAGCAUGUGUAAGUUUGCCAAAGCUUAACAAGAAGCCACAUACACACAAACACACACAUGGACACACAGUUCACAGCUUGGGGUGGCGUUGCUGUAACAAAGUGUGUUUGUGACAUGAUAAACCAGCAGGUGAGCCACUUUUUAGGAAAUAUCAGAUGGUUUUUGCUCUCUAGCCACAUCCUGAGGUGAAAAAAUAAAAAAACUCUGUAUCUUCAAAUACUGAUAGAAAUUAUUUUUUUCAUUCCUGUACAUGUUAGGAACAAAUCUUGCAUCUAAAAACGUGUGUUUUUAGGACUUAAAUACCAGUUUUGGGGAAAUUAUUUCUCAGAUUAAGUGAGUGUGUGUGUGUGUGCGUGCGUGCGUGUGCGUGUGUGUGUUUGUGUGUGUACCCUUGCUUUCCCGAGCGUGUGUGUUUCUGUACUUUGUAUGAUUGUCUGUGCUGUGUGUGUCUGCGUGUCUGUACGUGUGCCGGUUUGAAGCAUGACUACUGGUCUGGUAGAAAAUUAUGAAUUUAAAUGUCAGUGAUGUUGUCAUCUGGUUCAAAAAGGUCAAAUAGAUUUCCAAAAAACCUGUUAGCACAUUUUCUACACAGUAGACAGUAGUUAGUCAUUUAGAAUUGAUCAGACCUAUUUCCUCUUUAUUUAACCCUUUGUUCCUUCUUUAUCUCUCGAGUUGUGUGAUCUGUAUUAACUGUAGGGCAUAUGUGUUUAUUGUCUUUGCUCAAAGCACAACAUCUCUGCAGAGCCAACAAUGAGGAAACAUGAGCUGAUCUGACCAUAAACGUACUUUGCCAUCUCUGUACCAGCUGUACUUUUCCAGCCUCGUGUCGCUUUGUUUAGGUGAUAAAGAAGUUGUUAAAAAACUUUGUCAAGUUGCACUCUAUUUGUCCAAGUGACAGUUUUUUUCUGUUUGGGAACUCUUCAUACGAGAAGAAGAGGAAAGCUUGGAUUUACAAAUGAUGAUAUUUUUUCAGUCAGAAAGGAGGAAGAUUGGGGAAUGUAGCAGAAGUCAAGAACAAAUCACCCUUAAAUCUUGUUUUCGUUUGUGUGUGAUCUAAUGUUUCUGUUUCUGCAGCAACCCUUUUCAUGACUCACAUAUCCAUUUUCUCAUUUUUUUGUGUUGUUUCUCUGUUACCUGAUUUCUGCCUCUUACUAAUUUCAUAUCUCAACAUUUUCCUUCUGAAAGGCUCCGGUCAGUUGGGACCUGAGUGUGUUGAUCUGUUAUUUGAGGGCAAUUAUUACACAGAUCACACAGACAAUCAGUAACUGAACUGGCUUGGGAUGCCUCUAAAUUGUAAUAUGCACGUUCGGUUUUCUCUCUGUCUGUGCUGAGACACAACCUGAGUCAAAUAGUAUCCAACUAGUUCUCUGUCCUUUUUUUCCAGCAUAUCUGCACAUGCUUUCUGGCUUCAUACACUUGAAAAUCAGUUUAGUUUCUGUGUUUGAUGACUUAAGUGAUUCUACUACAGUUGCAGUAAACUCCACCCAUCUGUUAUCGCAAGUGUGUUCAAACAAGCACUGCAAAUCAUUCGCAAAAAACAUCGGUACUACUUACAGACCUGGCUGUAAUGGAAAUUACUUGAACGCACAGGUUUGAUUCAAAUUGCCAGAUUGAUUAAAAUCUGAAUGACUUUGGUGUUUUUUGGGCCCGUACAAGUUGCUGAUUGUGAGUUACACGGAAUUAAGGUUGAGGGACAAAGUAGCAAAUGUGCUAAAAGUAGUGAAAUGGACAGGAGGGGCCUCGGAUUGACUCAGAUUGACUUGAAUGUUAUGUCAAAAAUGUAACAGAUAUGUAGAGCAGAUUUAUUUAUGACUGAUUGUGACUGGUGUACAAAUUAUUUUAAACGGAUGUAAAAGUUUUUGACAAUUCAAAUGUUGGCGCGACUGAACAAAAGAAAAA